AUGUGGGCUUGCAUCAAGCUCAUCUGGCCUGCAUCAAGCUCAUCUGGCCUGCAUCAAGCUCAUCUGGCCUGCAUCAAGCUCAUCUGGCCUGCAUCAAGCUCAUCUGGCCUGCAUCGGGAUUGCUUGUCCUGCUAUACGACGGUGGUGCUAGUGAAGGGCUUGCCUAUAGCGCACAACCAGAUGAUAGGUGCUGGGCAGAUCAUUGAUGCCUGCCGCACUCGCCCACGCACCACAGCCAUUGUGGUUCCACACGAACCAUGCAGAUACCAGACCCGACCUCGCCACAGGAAUUGCGGGGUCCGCGUGCUCGUCCAUCCCGGCCGUAAGCCCUUGGUGGCCAACAUCACCCACUUUCUAGGUGCUGCUGCUGGCGCCGUGCCAUUGCUACGGCCACUACCGCAGCCUCUUCUCAUGCUGCGGCUGGGGGGGGGGGGGGAGGGGAGCAGGAGGAGCAGGUGGCAGGAGCAGGUAGCAGGAGCAGGUGGCAGGAGCAGGUGGCAGGAGGAGGUGGCAGGAGGAGGUGGCAGGAGGAGGUGGCAGGAGGAGGUGGCAGGAGGAGGUGGCAGGAGGAGGUGGCGUGGCAGGAGCGGGUGGCAGGAGCGGGUGGCAGGAACGGGUGGCAGGAGCGGGUGGCAGGAGCGGGUGGCAGGAGCGGGUGGCAGUGGGGCUGCUGGUGCUGCGGCUGGAGGAGAAGGCGUGUGCGAUGAGCAAGUGGGAGGUGUUUGA